UUUAACGGCAUUGAUUGAAUCGAUUCUCUUUGGUGUUUUUCCAUUAUAAACUCCGGUACAUAAUUGUAUUGUGAAUUCUUGUUGAAUUAUCUUGUUAUAAAUUGUUUGUGAAAAGGAUAAAAAUGGCUGAUGAAACAUCUUGGCGAACCCCAACAUUUCGCCAAAAUGUUGUUUCGAAAAUCGAUGAGGCCAUUCGUCAAUCUGGAAUGUCGACUAGCAGAAAUAGUAUUGAUAUGGAGAACCAUGUCUUUCAAAAGGCCAAAACUCGAGAGGAAUAUUUGGGGUUUGUUGCAAGGUUAAUUCUUCAUGUACGGGAAAUGAAUACGAAGAAGGGUGCUGGUAUGAACGGUCCCGGCGGGGGCCACGGGGCACCUGGAAUGCCUGACCCUAUUAAUGCUCUUCAAAAUUUAGCGAGCCAAGGGUCCCGUAAUAAUCAGAUGAUCGGAAUGGCUCAACCGGGGCAGAUGGUUGCCGCUGGACCACCACAACAAGCGAUGCCCUCGCCCGCCACCAACUUAUUGCAGUCCCUAAAUCAGCGUGGGCCUGAAAAUGGAAUGGUUAUGCAAAGAAAUAUGGCAGUCAACGUGAUGCAACAAAGACCACCAAUGGGGAUGCCUCCAAAUGGGGGUCCAAUGGCAAAUCAAAUGGGAGGUCAAAUUCCUAAUCAGAUGGCGGGACAAAUGGCAAAUGCAAAUAUGGGUCAAAUUCCGAAUCAAAUGCAGAAUUUAACAAAUCAACUUCAAGGUCCUGUUCAAAACCCGCUUCAAGGUCAAAUGACCGCUCAAAUGAACCAAGGGCUUCAACAGAACAUGGGUGGCCCAAUGGGUGGUCAAAUUCCAAAUCAAAUGGGAAAUCAAAUGGCCGGACAAAUGGGGAAUCAGAUGGGCAAUCAAAUGGGAGGACCAAUGAGUGGCCAGAUGGGGAAUCAGAUGAGCAAUCAAAUGGCUAACCAAAUGGGGAAUCAAAUGAGUGGUCAAAUGGCAAAUCAAAUGGCGAAUCAGAUGGGGAACCAAAUGAGUAAUCAAAUGGGAAAUCAAAUCAGCAAUCAAAUGACAAACCAAAUGGGGAAUCAAAUGCAAACUGCAAUGUUAGGGCAAUUAAUGCCACAACAAAAAGGGAUGAACGCUCCGAAUACAAAUUUUCCAAGAAACCCAACUCCCACCCAAUUUUUAUCUCACUCCCCAUCUCCAUCGGUUCAAUCUCCAGUUGGGAUGACCGGUCCACCAACAAAUAACCAGAUGGUAGCCUCACCAGCUUUAGCACCAUCACCCGGAUCUCAAAUCAGUUUAAUGGCCGGACAAAGAUCAGUGGGAAUGGCCCCAAGUCCUAGUAGUUCAUUAAACACUCCAGGACAACCAAACCCCAGCCCUAUGGCUAUGGCCGAUGAACAAGCUUAUCGAGAAAAAGUCCGCCAAUUAAGCAAAUACAUUGAUCCAUUACGAAAAGUCAUCCAACGAAUCGGAAACGAUGGCGAAAAUAAUGACAAAAUGACCAAAAUGAAAAAAUUAUUAGAUAUCUUAUUGAACCCAUCUCAAAGAUUACCUCUUGAUACAUUGGUAAAAUGUGAACUUGUCCUUGAAAAAAUUGAUUUUAAGAGAAGUGAUGGAAGCGUACCACCGAUGACUACAACAUUUAAAGAACAACACGCUUUUAAUCCUUUUAUAGAAGCGUUGAGUAAUAAUAUUCAUUCCCCCGUUAUUAAUCAUACGUUACAUAGAACUUUUGGACCCACAUUGGAAGCGUUAUUUGGACCGGAAAUAAAAUUAGUCCCUCCAUUAAAACGAAAGAAAAUUGAAGAACCCACCAGUGAAAUUCCGGACGUUUUGCAAGGUGAAAUAGCUCGUUUGGAUCAACGUUUUAAAGUUUCUUUGGAUCCCAAUCAACAAUCUGGUUCAAAAACGAUCCAAUUGAUAUGUUGGUUGGAUGAUAAAUAUCUUCCGUGUGUUCCACCGAUUUCUUUAACAGUUCCAGAGGAUUAUCCGGUGACUAGUCCUAAAUGUCAUAUGGCCGCUCAUGAAUAUAAUGCAACAGAAUUUUUGUCUGUCGUCCAAUCGGUUUUGUUGGCUAGGAUUAAGAAGUUACCAAAACAUUUUUCGGUGUCUCAACUUUUGGAUACUUGGGAGAUGAGCGUUCGUCAAGCUUCAGCUCCUGUACAAAAACCGAUUCAUUCAACACCGAUAUUAAUGGGAUUAUAAAUUAAAAAAAAAAUAAUUUUAACAUUUUUGUGGACGUAAAAGUUGUAAUAUGUAGAUGUUGAUUGUAAAUGAAUCAUGAUUAAAUAAAAAUGAUUUUAUUUAUA